AUGUCUUCCUGCUCUCCUCUGAAGACAUGCAACUACGACAAGUUGUUCCACGGCUGGAACAACGUGCUUGUCCCCGUGCACGAUUCUCGAGAGCAUCUGCUGAUGGUAAAAUGCGGUCUUGUUUCCUCCAAGUUGGCCGAUCUCACACAAGAUCCCAAGUCACAUCGUUUCCAUAACAAGACUAUACACGCGAGCUCAGCACCCUGCAGCCUCACGUACCGUUGUCUACUUCAUCUAUAUAUCGCCACCUUCAGUCUCGUCACCAUGAGCAACAAGGAUCAGACCGUAUCGGAUUACGCGAACAACCUUGCCGCCGAUAGUAUAUCGCUGUAUUGGACGCCAACCGGACGGUGGCGCAAGGUGCAUGGCGACUGCAAGUCCGGCACCGGCGGAAAACGGGUGAUGAGAACCACGCAGACCUCCUCGAGAGAAUACGAAGUCAAGAUUUCUAGAGAAUGGGAGGAAUAUUUGGGGGAAGACCUACGCCGCCGAGCCGUCGUUCUCUGA